AUGCCCCAGAACCAUGCGCCAUGGGACCAGCACGAGGGCGCUUCUUCUCGGUUCGGAAGCCCGAGAUCGAGCGUAAUACUGGAAGAGGGCGAUUUUCCCGAUGACGAUGCGGAAGACGCGCGACGCCCUAUCCUCGACCUACAGCGAAGAAGGAGGUCCUCCGUCACGCAGCGCAUUUCAGCACUGGCCGACAUAGGGGGUGUUAACAGUUUCAGGUCAUUUGCAAGGAGCUGGCAACGUGCUGCGUCGUUUGCUGAAGUCAUCCCCCGUCGCCCAAGCUUCGUCCUUGCGACAGAUUCCGACCAUUUCCCGGGCCCGGAAGGUGACGGCAUCCAGUAUGGUAGGAGCCAAGUUGACGACAGUUGUCGAGCACCUGUGGGCCUCAUCGGGCAACAUCUGCAAGCAUCGUCGCCUCAAGGCGUGAGUGCGCCCACAUGCGCGCAACAGGGAAGACGAACAACGCCUUCAGCCGAGGAACCUACGAGGGACGACAUCCAAGAACAGGAACGUUGGGAUUCAGACGCUGGCGUUUCCGCGGAAACGCUCUUCCGUGGCUCGCCAUCCACUCGCUCCAGCAUUUUUGCUGUUCCUCCCCAUCUGGCUGCGCCAGACGUGCUCGAUGGCUAUGGUUCGCCGUACGGUACCGUGGGCGGCACAAGGUACCGCCGCAGACGAUCCUCGGCCGACGAAAGGGGCGGCGAGGGUCGCGAGAACACAGAGGCAGAUGACGGUGACACUGCGCUCGGGGAGGAGCAUCCCAUUCUUGUCAAAGAAGUCCAGCAAGGCGACAAAGUGAUCCUGGCGGUCGAGGGCCAGAGCACGUUGCCGCAGUCCAUCUUCAACUCGAUCAAUGCCAUCAUCGGCGUUGGGCUGUUGAGCUUGCCCUUGGCGUUCAAGAUGAGCGGCUGGAUCCUUGGGCUGGUCAUCUUGACUCUGACCGCUUCCGUUACAGCCCAUACCGGACGACUGCUCGGUAAAUGCAUGGAGUACGACCCAAGCAUCGUCACGUACUCAGACUUGGCCUAUGUCGCUUUCGGCACCCGCGCUCGAGUCAUUGUCUCGGCAUUGUUUACUCUGGAGCUCGUUGCGGCCUGUGUUGCUCUCGUCAUAUUAUUCUCCGACUCGCUCGGCCUGUUGUUUCCAGACCUCGCAAGCGGAACGACCUGGAAGUGCUUCUGUGCUGUGCUUGUUCUUGUCCUGAACAUGCUCCCUUUGCGUUGGCUGAGUUACACGAGCGUCUUGGGGAUAUUCGCCACCUUCUGCAUUGUUUGCAUUGUCAUUGUCGAUGGCCUCACGAAGGAGCACGCACCAGGAUCGUUGUGGGAGCCCGCGCAGACGUACCUACUCCCUUCCAACUGGCUUUCACUGCCCCUUGCCUACGGAUUGAUGGCCAGCCCAUGGGGGGCCCAUUCCGUCUUCCCCUCGAUCUAUCGAGACAUGCGGCAUCCGCACAAAUGGACCCAAGGCGUCAACAUCACCUUUUCGUUUUCCUACAUCCUCGACACUUGCCUGGCCGUCAUUGGCAUCCUCAUGUUCGGCGACGGAAUCGAAGAGGCCAUCACCUCCAACAUUCUCAAAACGUCCGGGUACCCAGAGUCACUCACUCUCAUCAUGUGCGGCCUCAUCACUUUCAUCCCCCUCACCAAGAUCCCCCUCAAUGCCCGGCCACUAGUCACCACCGCCGACGUGCUCUGCGGCAUCCACCGAGACGACCAGCACCGCCCCUCCUGCGCGCCCUCCUCUCCCGCCGUCGCCAAGUCCCUGAGAGCCCUGGUCCGCGUCCUCGUCGUCCUCGUCCUUUUAGGCAUCUCCGUCGCGUUUCCCGCCUUUGAUUCCGUCUGCGCGUUUCUCGGCGCCGCCCUGUGCUCCCUCAUUUCCGUCAUUUUGCCCGUCUGCUUCUACUUGAAGCUGUACCACGGAGACAUCACCAGGCGCGAGCGAGUCGUUUCCUGGGUCUUGCUGGUCACCUUUUCUGCACUGGGGACAGUCGGUACCAUUUGGACGUUUUUACCGAGACAUCUUGUUGGAGCAUAG